AAGAAGAAGAAGAAGAAGAAGAGAAUACAGUAAAUUCAGCAAGACGUUUAUACAUUGAGAGGACUUUUAUUUUGACAUGACGAUCAGUGUUCCUGAUCACGCCUAACAAACCGAGUCACACGAUGGUCUUUCUGAUCAACGCUUUUCUGUUCAUUUAUAGCGCGUUUAAUUUCGAUAUCUCUGUUAAGAGGCUGUUAAGGAUGUGAAAGCCCAUCGCUGAGGAAAAAGUGAUGGAGAGGGUCUGGCAUGGCUGGUGCUGUCACACAGGUGCUUCAUAAACUGAGAAGCAUUGGAUCUAGCCUCUCAUAUCCAAACCCAUCUUAUGGCCUCCAUCUACCCGGCCUCAUUAGAGGACACACCUGACGUGAAGGAGGGCUUCCUGUGUCCUCUUUGUUUGAAGGACCUCCAGUCGUUCUACCAACUACAAGGCCACUAUGAAGACGAACACUCUGGUGACAACCGGCAUGUUGGUGGUCAGCUGAAAAGCCUGGUGCAAAAGGCAAAGAAAGCCACAGACAAGCUAUUAAAGCGGGAUGGAGAUGAGAGGACAGGCAGCAGUUAUGAAUCGUGUUAUUAUGGAGGAGUGGACCCCUACAUGUGGGAGCCACAGGAGCUCGGAGCCACCCGCAGUCACUUGGAUUUUUUCAAGAAGCAAAGAGCUGCAAGAAUUGAUCAUUAUGUUAUUGAAGUCAACAAAUCCAUUAUACGACUGGAAAAGCUUACGUCCUUUGACAGAACCAACAUGGAUGCAGCGCAAAUAAGAUCACUUGAGAAGUCGGUGGUAUCGUGGGUUAAUGAUCAGGAUGUGCCAUUUUGCCCUGAUUGUGGGGGCAAAUUCAACAUCCGCAACCGCCGCCACCAUUGCAGACUCUGUGGGUCCAUUAUGUGCAGAAAGUGCACAGAGUUUAUUCCUCUGCUACUGGCAUAUAAAUUAACUAGUGGAACCAGGGAGGCCCUGUGGGCUCCUGGCCAGAGUGGGUCUCCUGGAUCUGCAGGCCCAGUGAUGCAGCAGACCUCUCGCCGUGGCUCUAUUAACAGCAUCUCAUCUGUCACAUCUGUGUUGGAGGAAAAGGAUGAGGACCGUGUACGUUGUUGCCAUCACUGCAUGGAGGCACUACUCUGGCAACAGCACAAACUGGAGGAAAAAGACCACGUGCCUGACAUCGUCAAACUCUAUGAGAGGUUAAGGAUGUGUAUGGAGAAAGUUGAAGCUAAGGCUCCAGAGUACACGCGCAUGGCAGAGUCUCUCAAUGCUGGGGAGACAACCUGUAAUCUAGAGAGUGCUGCUGCACUAAGGAUGGAGAUACAGAAAUACUAUGAGCUCAUUGACGUUCUGAGUAAGAAGAUACUCACACUCGGACUAAAAGAUGAGGUCCAGCCUCACCCCAAAGCCCUGCAGCUGCAAAGGAUGGUGCGCUACACAGCUACACUUUUUAUUCAGGAGAAACUGUUAGGUCUGACGUCGCUCCCCACCAAGGAGAAAUAUGAGGAGCUUAAAAAGAAGAGAAGAGAGGAGCAGGAGAAAAGGGCGCAGCAGGAGAGACAGGCAGGUCUGGAGGCACAAAAAUGUAGAAUGGAAAAUGAACAUGACCGAGUGGCCCUCGGUGCAAAUGAAAAUGUUUCCGGUCCACGCAUUACCAAAGCUGGUGGCUGGCUGCCACAAUCAGACACUCUACAUACUCGCUCUGAGCUGGAUGACCCUCUCCUGCAACAGAUCAAAAACAUCGAGUCGUUCUUACGGCAGGCACGCUUUGCAAACCGCACCGAUGAAGUGGCCAUGCUGGAGGAAAAUCUGCGGCAGCUGCAGGAUGAGUUUGACGCUCAGCAGACCAGUCGAGCCAUGCAGCUUUCACAGAGGUUGGCUGAGGAGACAGACCUACAGCAGAAACAAAUCGAACAUCUGCAGCAAAGAGAGCUCGAGAACAGGAACCAAUCAAAAAACUCCACCUUGGAUUUCAGAGACAGAGAAAAUGUUCUGAAAAGAGAAGAGGCCGAAGGUGACUUUGAAGACACAGGGCUUCCAAUCAAAUCUUCUCCUAAGUCUUUAUCACUUCUAUUAGGAAACUCUCCUCCCUUAGAGAGGCAAAGAGAUAAACAUACACCAACUCCACCCACCAGAAACCCCUUUGAUGAGGAGCAUUUCUCUCCUGAUAAGGAAGAACCAACAAACUCACAGACCGCCAAUGGAAAGAAAGUGUACAACCCGUUUGAGGAAGAAAAUGAUGAAAUGGAAGAUACAGAUACAGCUGAAGUAAAGUCACCUAGAAAUCCAUUUGAAGAUGAAGAUUAUGGAGAUGGAGGUAACCGUUUUAAAGGGGUUUCUGGUGAGAUUCCAGCUGCCUCAACCAAUCCAUUUUAUGAAGAAGUUGAUGAAGAUGGCACAGCAGUUGAUGGCAUGAUUGAGGAAGAGCUACUUCUACAACAGAUCGAUAAUAUCCGGGCAUAUAUCUUUGACGCCAAGCUAAGUGGACGUUCUGAUGAAGUGAAGCUUUUGUCUGAGAACCUAAAGGAGCUGCAACAAACACUACAAGAGCAGAAAAUAAAAAAUAGUGGCCAUCACAAACUCGUUUUGUAAUUGAUAAGGCUUGUUUUCGGUUACAAAUAACAAUGUAAGCAUUACACAAAAAUAUAAAACAAAUAUUCUAUGCAGGAAGUAGGACAGUUCAUGAUCAGAACAACUGAACAUCUGUUUCAUUUAUUUAAAUUUGUAAUUGAAUAAUAAACAUAAAAUACAGUGAGUCUGGGCACUGCUAAAUACUCAAAUAUUUGUGUGAAUAAAAUCUUAAUCUUACAUUUAUGUAGUUUCAAGUCAAAUAAAUAGGUAGGUUUUAUGGAAGUGGUUGAAAUAUCUGAAGUAAAUAAUUUUCUGUUCAGCAAAGUCAGUAUUUCAUCCUCAUAGCUACUUUGAUUCAGAAUAC